AUGACCACCAGCAUCAACUCAUUGCACCCAUACUGGCCCCGGCACCUGAAGCUGGACAACUUUGUGCCUAAUGACCGCCCCACCUGGCAUCUCCUGGCUGGCCUGUUUUCCAUUACUGGGGUCUUUGUGGUAACUGCAUGGCUGUUGUCAGGUCGAGCUGCAGUUGUUCCACUGGGGACUUGGAGACGACUAUCCCUGUGUUGGUUCACAGUGUGUGGGUUCAUACAUAUGGUGAUCGAGGGGUGGUUCUCCCUCUUCCAUGAAGACGUUCUUGGAGAUCAAGCUUUUUUAUCUCAACUUUGGAAAGAGUAUGCCAAAGGGGACAGCCGGUAUAUUCUAGGUGACAACUUCACAGUAUGCAUGGAAACCAUCACUGCAUGGAUGUGGGGACCACUCAGCCUGUGGGUGGUGAUUGCUUUUCUUCGCCAGCAACCACUCCGCUUUGUCCUACAGCUUGUGGUCUCUGUGGGUCAGAUCUAUGGGGAUAUACUUUAUUUCCUGACAGAGCACCGUGAUGGGUUCCAACAUGGGGAGCUGGGGCAUCCACUCUACUUCUGGUUUUACUUUGUCUUCAUGAAUGCACUGUGGCUGGUGCUGCCCGGAAUCCUUGUGCUUGAUUCUGUGAAGCAUCUUACUUAUGCCCAGAGUGUGCUAGAUGCCAAGACCUUGAAAGUCAAGAGCAAGCAGAACUAA